UGUUUACAUUGAAAUUUAGAAUGUCUUCUUGGCAGGGCGUGAGUGGUCCACACAUUGCAAUGGAAGGAAAUGCCAUGUUUUCGGAACCAAGGGGCAACAAACACAAUGAAAACGGCAAGGUUGUUGGGGAAACUUCUAUGACCUUCUCAAGUGGGAUUAAGCAGGAAAGGAUUGUUCAAGGAUGCUGGGCAGAGGAGACAAUUUUCUUGGGCCACAGCUGCAGACAAAAUGCCUACGAUGUGGGGACAUGCUGGAAUGGUCAGAGGAGCCCCGUGUCCUCCAGGGCUGUUCAUGCUGCUCUACACAGGAUGAGACACUGCAGAAUGUAAGAGAGAAGAGCAGCAGAAUGAAGAGUCACUGGCCAGCGGGAAGAGUGGGUGACAUUGAUUUCAUCGGCGCCUCCAAGACAAAAGGAAAGUUCAUGAGAGUGGAAGCCAAUACCGACCCAGCGCACGUCUUCCAAAUGCUGACAGAGCAGUGGGGACUAGCUCCUCCUCACCUGGUGGUUGCUUUAGUUGGAGGAGAUGAGUUGGCUCAGAUGAAACCCUGGCUCAGGGACACUCUCAGAAAAGGUCUUGUGAAAGCAGCACAAAGCACAGGGGCAUGGAUUUUGACGAACGGUCUUCGAUUUGGCAUCACCAAACAUUUGGGCCAGGCUGUGCAAGACCACUCCCUGGCCAGCACUUCUGCAAAAGUUCGUGUAGUAGCCAUCGGCAUCGCACCCUGGAACAUGAUCCACAACCGAGAAGCACUACUCGGUGCCAAGUUGGGUGCGCCAGCAGUAUACAAGCCGCAGGACUUGCCCCAUGGGUCAGUUUAUUCCCUAGACAGCCACCACUCUCAUUUUGUCCUGGUGGAGGAAGAUCCAAACAAACCCGGAGCCACAAGUGAAAUGAGAGUGAAGCUGCUCAAACACAUUUCUCUUCAGCGCACAGGCUAUGGAGGUGCAGGAAGUUUCGAGAUCCCUGUUCUCUGUCUAUUGAUCCACGGUGAACCUCGAAUCCUAAAGCGGAUCUGUAAAGGCAUUGGCAAUUCGACACCGUGGCUUAUUCUGGCAGGCUCGGGAGGAGUGGCUGACAUCCUCGUCACACUCAUGAACAGAGGCUGCUGGGAUACAGACAGUGUUCACGAGCUGCUGUUGGACACCUUUCCAAAUGCUUACCACAGCACGGACAUAAGAAACUGGGUCAAGCUGAUCCAGAAAAUACUAGAUCAUGGGCAUCUACUCACUGUCCAUGACCCUGAGCAAGAUAGCUCUGAGCUGGACACAGUCAUCCUCAAAGCUCUUGUCAAAGCUUGCAAGAGUCAAAGUCAGGAAGCCCAAGAUUUUCUUGAUGAGUUGAAGCUGGCUGUGGCUUGGAACCGAGUGGACAUUGCCAAGAGUGAGAUCUUCAACGGAGAUGUGGGGUGGAAGGCAUGUGACCUUGAAGAAAUGAUGAUGGAUGCACUUAUCAAUGACAAACCAGACUUUGUACGUUUAUUUGUCGACAACGGUGUUAACCUGGGCGAGUUCCUCACCUACGGACGUCUCCAGCAGCUGUAUUGGUCCGUGUCCGAGAAGAGUCUCCUGCAUAACCUACUUCUAAAAAAAUACGAGGAAAAGCAGCGUCUGCUUGGUACUGCAAGGACACCUGGGCCUCCCGGGCAGCACAUUUCUGAGCAGGGGGAACGGAAACCCCGUUUCACACUUUAUGAGGUUGCCAAAGUGCUCAAAGACUUUCUUCAUGACGCCUGCAAAGGCUUUUACCAGAAGAUUGCCACAGAAAAGCCUGCAAAGGGUCGACUGUUCCAUAGUCAGAAGAACCUGGCAGAAUUGGAAGAGCGUUGCCAACAUCCUUGGAGGGAUCUUUUCCUCUGGGCUGUGCUUCAGAACCGACAGCAGAUGGCUAACUACUUUUGGGCCAUGGGCCCCGAGGCAGUGGCAGCAGCUUUGGCAGGGUGCAAGAUUCUGAAAGAGAUGGCAAGACUUGAAUCUGAGGCUGAGUCUGCACGUAGCAUGAAGGAGGCCAAGUAUGAACAGUUUGCCCUUGAUGUGUUUGGAGAGUGUUACUCCAACAGUGAAGACAGGGCGUAUGCUUUGUUAGUGAGGAGAACACAAUGUUGGAGCAAAUCGACGGUCCUCAACUUGGCAACUGAGGCUGAUGCCAAGUCCUUCUUUGCCCACGAUGGAGUUCAGGCUCUGCUGACAAAGAUUUGGUGGGGAGCAAUGAGAACAGACACAUCCAUCUCCAAGCUUGUUGUGUCUUUCUUCUGUCCACCUCUCAUUUGGACCAAUAUAAUAAAGUUCUGUGAUGAGGAGUUGGAUAAUCAGAGCAGAGAGGAACCAUUUGUGGAGUUGGACCGUUUGGAAACAGAAAAGGUUUUACUGUUAUCAGAUGAAGAUGGCCCACGGAACUCUUCACCUGGUGCUGGCCCAGCAGACCAGAGCUGUGCAUCAGUGUGGUGGCGUUUCUUACUUCGUCGUUGGCGUCGCUUCUGGAGCGCUCCGGUCACUGUGUUCCUUGGUAACGUCAUCAUGUAUUUUGCCUUCUUGUUCCUGUUCACCUACGUGCUCCUGCUGGACUUUCUUCCACCGCCACCGCUUGGUCCUGGAGCGCCAGAGAUAAUGCUCUACUUCUGGGUUUUCACCCUGGUGCUGGAAGAACUUCGACAGAGCUUCUUUUCAGAUGAAGAGAUGAACAUCUUAAAAAAGUUUAAGCUCUACGUAGAGGACAACUGGAACAAGUGUGACAUGGUGGCCAUUUCACUUUUUGUUGUCGGAGUUUCAUGCAGGAUGUUUGAUGAUACUUACGAGGCAGGAAGGACUGUUCUAGCAAUAGACUUCAUGGUAUUUACACUGCGGCUGAUCCACAUCUUUGCCAUUCAUAAGCAGUUGGGGCCAAAGAUCAUCAUUGUGGAGAGAAUGAUGAAGGAUGUCUUUUUCUUCCUCUUCUUCCUGAGUGUGUGGCUCAUUGCAUACGGGGUGGCUACCCAGGCUCUCCUCCAUCCUAAUGACCCACGGAUCGACUGGGUGUUUCGCAGAGCCCUAUAUCGCCCCUACCUGCACAUUUUUGGCCAGAUUCCUUUAGAGGAAAUCGACGCUGCUCGGAUGCCCGAAAUGAACUGCACCAAUGACUCAGAGGAGAUUAUCAAGGGUCUCCAGCCACCAUGUCCGAGUGUCUAUGCCAACUGGCUCGUCAUCCUCCUUCUGGUCAUCUUCCUUCUUGUGACCAAUGUCCUUCUGCUUAACCUGCUCAUUGCCAUGUUUAGCUACACGUUCCAGGUUGUACAAGGCAACACUGAUAUUUUCUGGAAGUUCCAAAGGUACAACCUGAUUGUUGAGUAUCACAGCCGCCCAGCACUGGCUCCGCCUUUCAUUAUCAUCAGCCACCUCUCACAGUUCCUUCUCAGCCUCGUCAAGCAGCCUGAGUCCAAGCAGGAGCAUCUCGAGCGAGAGCUACCUGCAGGGCUUGACCAGAGGCUGAUUACAUGGGAGACUGUACAGAAAGAGAACUACCUGGCCAAACUUGAGCGGCAACAUUGGGAGAGCAGCGAGGAGCGGCUCAAGAGUACAUCCUCAAAGGUUCAGAGUUUGCUCAGGAUUAUCGGUGGGAUAAAGGACCAGGAGAAACGUCUGGCAUUCAUGGAGGCUCAAGUCAGAUACUGUGGUGAAGUGUUGUCUUGGAUGGCAGAAUGCUUUGCUCUGAGUACACUAAAAUGUGGCAAAGAAGCUCCAACUGCACCAAGCUGCAAGGCGAGCAAUGAUGCCCAUCAAAGUCAACCCAAGAAAGAAACCAAAUGAGCUAAGUUUACCGUUUCAUUACCAAAGAAAAAAAUAAAGCAUUGUCAUCAGUGAUAUUAGGAUGGCUAAUUAUAACCAUAUUUUUCUGUGUUUAUGAAGAUAAUGUAGAAGACAAAUUGAUACUGAUACUUUGUUUGAAGACACAUCAGGGGAUAUUGAGAAUAAUUGUCAUCUGUGGCGAUGUGAAGACCUUUGAGACAUGCUUGUGAUUAAGAGCUAUGGUAUAAAUGAAAUGGACUUGGCUUGACACAUUGAAAAUGUUAUGUUGUCAUAUGAUGUCUGCCCGUCAUAAAUCAUGAGAAAACAAA